UCUGAGCGUUGCCAACAGAGUUGAAACCAGUGAAAGCAGAAAGUUGAUUAAAAUGGCAGGACAGAAGCCCCUUUUGGAGUUGGAAAACUUUAUUGCUGGUAAAUUUAUUCCCUGCAAUUCACAUAUAGAUUCCUAUGACCCAUCUACAGGGGAGGUAUAUUGCAAAGUUCCAGACAGUGGCAAAGAAGAGAUUGAAGCGGCAGUCAUGGCUGCUAGAGAAGCCUUUCCCCACUGGUCAUCCAUGAGUCCCCAAGAUCGCUCUCAGAUCAUGAAUAAGUUAGCAGAUCUUCUGGAACAAUCCCUGGAGGAUUUUGCCCAAGCUGAAUCAAAGGAUCAAGGGAAAACAAUCACGUUUGCCAGAACUGUGGACAUCCCUCGGGCUGUGUACAACUUCCGAUUCUUUGCUUCCUCUGUCCUUCACCACACCACGGAUGCUACUCAGAUGGAUUCAAUGGACUGCAUGCACUACACUGUGAGAAGUCCUGUUGGAAUUGCUGGCUUGAUAAGUCCUUGGAAUUUGCCUCUUUAUUUGCUGACCUGGAAGAUUGCUCCAGCUAUUGCUGCUGGAAAUACAGUGAUUGCAAAGCCCAGUGAGAUGACAUCAGUGACUGCAUGGAUGCUGUGCAAACUUUUAGAUGAAGCAGGGGUUCCACCAGGUGUGGUGAAUAUAGUGUUUGGAACUGGACCCAAAGUAGGAGAGGCACUGGUGUCCCAUCCAGAAGUGCCUCUGAUCUCAUUUACUGGGAGCACCUUGACAGCAGAGCGCAUCAUGAUGAAGAGCGCCCCCCACUGCAAGAAACUCUCUCUGGAGCUUGGAGGCAAGAAUCCUGCCAUCAUUUUUGAUGAUGCCAAUCUGAGGGAAUGUAUCCCUACCACUGUUAGGUCCAGCUUUGCUAACCAGGGUGAAAUCUGCCUCUGUACCAGUAGAAUCUUUGUCCAAAGGAGCAUUUAUGAGGAAUUUUUAGCAAGAUUUGUGGAAGCUACAAGAAAGUGGAAAGUUGGUCCUCCUUCUGAUGCUACAAGCAGCAUGGGAGCCCUGAUUAGCAAGACCCAUUUAGAGAAAGUGAGAAAUUAUAUAAAGAAGGCUUUUGUUGAUGGGGCAAGAAUUCUGUGCGGAGAGGGUGUGGAUAAUUUGAAUCUUCCACCCAGAAACAAAGGGGGCUAUUUCAUGCUUCCCACUGUGAUCACUGACAUUAAGGAUGAAUCCUGUUGCAUGAAGGAAGAGAUAUUUGGUCCUGUUGUUUGUGUUGUUCCCUUUGAUACCGAAGAGGAAGUGAUUGAAAGAGCUAAUAAUGUGAAGUAUGGCCUUGCAGCAACUGUGUGGUCUAACAAUGUUGGAAGAGUCUGGCGAGUAUCUAAGAGAUUGCAGUCAGGAUUGGUCUGGAGUAACUGCUGGCUCAUCAGGGAUUUGAACCUUCCUUUUGGUGGAAUGAAAGCUUCAGGAAUUGGUAGAGAGGGAGCAAAGGACUCAUAUGAUUUCUUUACUGAAGUAAAAACAAUUACUGUUAAAUACUGAUUUUUACUUAUGAUGAAUAUCUUUUAAUAGCAUGAUUAGCAUAUAGUUGUGAGUAGAAAUAAUAGAAUGAAUUGAGGAUUAAGAAAGUUAUAGAAAGUAAAUAGACAAUUUUGAUUUUUUUAAAUUAUAAAUCUGUUGCACAAACGAAACCAAUGUAGCUAAAAUUAAAAAUGAAGCAGGUAAAUGGGUGGGGAGGGGGAGAAUUUUUGCAUUGAGUUUCUCUGACAAAGGUCUCAUUUUUAAAAUAUAUAGGGAACCAAUCCAAAUUUAUUAGAAUGAAGACCAUUCUCCAUUGAUAAGUAGAGGGUAUGAACAGGUGCUUUUAAGAAGAAGAAAUUCAGUCUAUCAAUAGUAAUAUGAAAAAACUGUCCAUAUAAUUAAUAAGAUAUUCUGAAGAUUUGCCUCAUAUUCAUCAGAUUUACAGAGUUGAUACAAAAAAGGAAAAUGAUGAAUGUCGGAAUUUGUGAAGACAGGUCCAUUAAUGCCCUGCUGGUGGAGCUAUGAACUGGUCCAGUCAUAUUAGGAAGCAGUUUGGAACAAUGCCUUGAAAGUUAAACUAAACUGUAACUUUGAUUAAGCAGUAACACAAUGAAGUCUAAAAUCCAAAGAGACCAAAAUAAAAAAGAAUCCAUCCAUUCAAAAAUUCUUAAACUCCUUUUUUUAUGUGGCCAGGAAUUGGAAACAUAGAGAAUCCUCAUUAAUAAGGGAAUGGCUAAACAAAUUAUGGCAUAGGAAUGUAAUGGAAUACUAUUGUGCUUUAACAAAUGAUAAAGAAGGUAUGUAUGAAUUAACCAAAACACUCUGCAAUAACAAUAUUAAAAAAAUAUAAGACAAACUACUCUAAAAGAUUCGUGAACUAUGAUCAAAUGCAAUGACCAGCCAUAAUUCCAAAGGACUUAUGAUGGAACAUACUAUCCACUUUCUGGUAGAGAAAUAGUGAGCUCAGUCAGGGUAAGGACUGAGACAUUUUUUCUAGAACAUAGACAAUGGGGAAAUAUCUCUUGUUUGACUAUGCAUAUUUGUGACAAGAGUUUUCUUUUCUUUUCUUUUUUCCCCCCAUUCAGUGGGGUGGAAAUGAAUGAAAGAGAGAGUGUGCUUUUUUUGUUAAUUGUACCAGAAUCUGAAACGUUCCUCUAGGACUCUGGUCUCUUAUAGGUGAACUUUUACCUUAUUUUGCUUAAACUAGGUGAACUUUUAUUACUUCCAGAAAUUUCUUCCCUCCCUCCCUUUCCUCCCUUUCCUCCCCUUCUUCCUUCCUUUCCUCCCUUUCCUCCCUUUCCUUCCUUCCUUCCUUCCUUCCUUCCUUCCUUCCUUCCUUCCUUCCUUCCUUCCUUCCUUCCUUCCUUCCUUCCUUCCUUCCUUCCUUCCUUCCUUCCUUCCUUCCUUCCUUCCUUCCUUCCUCCCUUCCUUCCUUCCUUCCUUCCUUCCUUCCUUCCUUCCUUCCUUCCUUCCUUCCUUCCUUCCUUCCUUCCUUCCUUCCUUCCUUCCUUCCUUCCUUCCUUCCUUCUUCCUUCUUUGCUAGAGAACAGACCUGAUCAUUCUCUUCUCUUGCCUCUUCUCUCAGAUAUGUCUGGCUCAGGCUAAUCUAUUAGUACCUCAGCCACGGAAUCCUCAAAGAAGAAGGGCAACUCCCAGUAAAUAGCCAGGCUGCCUCAUUCUGCUGAUCGUGUAUAGCUUGGGACCCUCUUUUCUAUCCCCUCUGACUCCCAACAUUUUGGACAGGUACUCCCUGUCAGUUAGAGGCUUUUAGGGCACCAGGUCAUAAGUAUGUAUACCCUUCUAAAGAAGUGGAAUCUUUCUAUUCUUCUGGGCCAUGGAUCUAAGGAGCCUUAAAAGGUACCCAAAGGUCUGUUCUGUUCAUCUACUCUCAGAAGUGUUUGGUUUUGGCAUUAUUCAAAUAAUAAUGACAAUAAUUUGUACCAAGUACUUUCUAUUAAUGCCUAAUUAUACUUGCAACACAAUAACAAUCAAGUAAAUCUUUAAAUAUGAAUCAGUUUAACUGAUGGAACUGUUGUUUUAAUUAAUUAUAGCACUGAAUUCUACAUAUGUACGCCUCGUCUUCAUAAUUUGUUGUUUAUAUUUUAUGGUUAAAGAUAAGCAUAAUAGGAGACAGUUGAACUGACUUGCAUAAACUAGAAGUUAAAUUUUCAAUGUUAGCAUCAACAGCUCAGAAAUCCACAAACAUUGGAAAAUGGGACUUGAUUUAUUGUUUUGUGCACUGUCUAGACUUGAGAAAGUGAUGGAGAAAAUGUUAAGAAUGGAAAUUAAACUUAAAAGAAUCUCAUUUCUCUUUUUCCCCAGAAAGUAAGUCUUUGGACAUAGAGGAAAGAGUUCUAGAGCUGGAAUCAGAAGAGACCCAAGUUUGUGUUUUCUAAAUGGGUGAUGAUUGGGCAGCUAGAUGGUAAAGUGGAUAGAGUAUCUGGCCUGGCAGGAAGACUCAUCUUAUUGAAUUCAAAUUUGGCUUCAGACACUUACUAGCUAUAUGAACCUGGGCAAGUCACUUAAGCCUGCUUACCUCAGUUUCCUCAUCCAUAAAAUGAGCUAGAGAAGGAAAUGACAAAUCACUCUUUGCCAAGAAAAUCCCAAAUGGGGUCAUGAAGAGUUAGACAUGGAAAAAUAACAGAACAGCAGAUGACUGAUAUCAUUUAAUCUCUGAAUUUGGUUUCCUAAUUUGUACAAUGGAAAUGAUUUCGGUAAAGCCUAGUGUUCAGGGUUGUUAUGAGAAUCAAAUGACCUAAUACCUUGUUAGCCUUUUAGGUGCCAUAUAAAUGCCAAGUAUUAUUAUGGCCAGCUCACUGUGGGUAAGAAUUGUUUCAUUCUUUAUACUUGUAUCUCCAACAGUUGGAACAUUUCCUGGGACAUAGAAUAACUUGUGGCUGAUUGAUGGUUAGGGGUUGGACCUGUGAUAUUAUUGCUACAAGGAACUCCCAGGUGAGGAAACUCCUUUUUCCAAUUCUGGGUGCCAUCUUCUCUGCAACUUAUAGUCUUAGAGAAUUGUCUAGGACACUGCAAUGUGAAAUUAUUUGUCCAAGGUCACAGAGCUAAUUUGUGCCAGAGGUGGGAUCUGACCUGACUUUGAGGUCUUUAUUAUCUCUUGCUUGUUAUGGUUAUAAAUUAAAAGUUAGGGCAAAAAAUUAAAGAGAAAUUUUAUAUAAAUGAAACAAUUAGAAAACAAAACACAAUAGCACAUGUAUAAUCCAAUAGGAAGUUUGGACUUUUUGUUCAGAGGAGAAGGAAACAUAUGAAAUGAAUACUUACUUUAGGGAAGUCUGAACUUCAUAGAAUGCUGAUUUGUCAUUGAAUGGUCCAUCCCUCUAGAAGUGAAUAAACUUGGAUGUGUCCUAUGGAAAAGUAUAAUGGAGUAAAGCCUGCAAACAGAGGCAAAGAGGUGCAAGUUUGCAGAGCUGUCAAUCAAUCAAGGAGUAUUCCAGAAGACAAUGUCAACAGGAAGAAGCAGUUAAAUGAGAUCCAAACUGCCUGGAAGUUUUGGUUCUUUAUCUCUUGGCUCUUGGCACCUAGAGACUGCUGAAUCUUUCCUCUCCUGACACCUGGAAGUUACUGACUUUUCCUUUGGCCCUUGAAUGUUAUUAACUCUCCUUUCCAGAAAAAUUCAAAGAUCCUCAAUCCUGUUAGCCCUGUCUUCAUGUAGGCCUUUAUAAUUUCAUUCUCUGUUUAAGACUAUUCAAGAUCAGGGAAACCCUAAACCCUCUCUCCCAUCCAAAUACCCUUCCUUCCCUUCCUUAAAUAAACCCUUAUUCCAAUAGGUAAAGAAUGAGUGAGUUAUAUAUCAAACAAAAUCAGGCAACUUACUCAUUACUGAAGCUCAGUUGGACUCCAUCUGAAACCUAACUGAAUGUGGGAGGGAGUGGCUGGAGGGAGGCAGAGUCUGAAUCCUCAAUAUCCCAUUGGUCUAUAGAGUUGCCCAGCAAUCUUACAGUGUCAUAAAAUAUUUAAAGAAAUAUCACUAAUACAAUUUGGCAUCCUGAAAAGAUCUUACCCUGUUCCAAGGCUAAAAGAAACUAAACAAGAAAGAUGUUCAUGAAAAUUGCCUGUGGUAUGAUGGUGCUUGCUGUAAUAGCAUGUUACUGGGUAUACAAAAUACUAUACAGUACAGUAACAAAGUUUGUGAUAGAAACCAUUGGAGUCAUAUCCAAUUCAACUUCUUUUAUAAUGACUAUACCUUUUUCUAAAGAGACUGUAAUAUGGCAAAUCCUCACUCAAAUAUAUGUAUUUACCAUGGCUACUAUUCAAACUUUCAACUAUAUGAGAAAUAUUUACAACUUUCUAACACCAAAGAAAGUAGCCCAGAUCAUGGUAGUUGAUACAAACUUAGAGCAAUUAGUAAAGACCAUGUGUGAGGAAUUUCUAAAGAAGCAAGGAUUGGAUCAGACUAAGGUGGGAAAUGGGCAGGCAGAUAAUGGAAUUAAAGACAAGUACAAGAAGGCUAAGAAAAAUAAGGUAGGAACACAUGGCAAAGACAUGGACAAGGACACUGAUAGCAAUAAAGAAGCUGAGAAAAUAUUUCCCUUAAAAGAUGUUACCAAAUUUUCAGAGAAUGCUGGAGUACUACAUUCAAAAGUACAGAAGCAAUUUACAACACAGGAAUUGGAUUCAAUACGUAGAUUUCCAAAAUUUAUCUCUGAACCAUAUAGAUCUCUCAAGGAGCUAAAAAGGGUGUUUAGGAUCUCUGAAUCCAAUUUUGAUGAUACAGAGUUCCUUUUGUUGGAAUUAUUUAGCCCCCAUGAACACCAGCAGUUUAUUGAAAUGACUAGGAGAAAUAAUACCUUGACUAGUUGGCCUACCGAAGAGCAAAGAGAAGAUUUUGACUUCACUAAUCCCGCUUGAAUGACACAUCUCAGAAAGUGUAGGGAAGAUUUUCUCUAGGCUAUCAAAACAUUUUGUUUCAAACCCAAUGCAUGCGGAAAAUUUGAUAAAUUAAUGCAAGAGAAAAUUGAGCAUCCAGCUACCUUUAUUGAUCACUUAUCGGAAACUGUGGAAUCUACUAUGGGAAUAGAGAAAGACUCAGAGGAAUCUGCACCUCAUGUAUGGAGAAAAAUUUUUAGGGGUUGCACAUCAUACCUAAGAAGCUUCUUCAAGAACUAUUUCCCAAAAUAUGAAAGGUUUACUCUGUCUGAACUUAGAGACUCUGCAUUCUAUCUUUUUGACAAUCAUAAUAACAAAAUAAACAGAUGUCAGAACUAAAACAAAAAUUACAAGACAGAGGAAAAUUUAAAGCAAAAAGAGAUUCAGGAAAUUAAAAUUUCAAACACAAUCAAGACAUACUCAAAGCCUUCAUACCAACAAAGGAAGGUACAAAGAGAAACUAGAAAGUGCUUCUUAUGCCAUAAAGUAGGGCACCUCAUAAAAGAUUGCUAUUUCAAAAAGAAAUAUGAGACAAACAAAAAUACACAGGCAAAAUCAUAUUAUAAAGAUAAGAAAAAUGUGUGUUGCAAGCAUUGCAGCCUAAGAAUAACUCAAGAAGCUUCAAAUAUUGAGGAAAUGCAUUCAGUUAUUAAUUCACGGACUAAACCCAGAUAUUCAGAUGUACUGGCUCAUGGGAGAAGGGAUUUAUGAAGACAGAAGUGUAAUUUAUUUAGUUUGCUACAAGGAGAUAGAGAAUAUAUAUUGCAUGAUGAAGCAAGUAAAGAUAGACCUGCAGGAACAAACCAAAACCAAGAGCAGAAAAGAGUAAAUACAAGUGUGAUGCAGAAAACUAAAUGUAUUAAGUCUGUGAGAAAUGAUGAUAAAUCAAAUAAAAUAUUCAGUGAAAAGCAAAGAAAAGUACAGGAGCUAGAUGAGGAGAUUAAAAAUAUCAUUGUGCAGAUACAAACUGAAAUAAGAGACUCAGACAGAAGGAGCAUAGUAACCACUCAUGAAAAAAGUAGAAAACAAGUAAAAACUUAUUUAGAAAACGUUUUUCAGUGCAGACUGGGUACAGGGAUUGAAUUUUGGACAAGAAGAAGUCAUAAUAACUCACAUAAACCUAAUCAGGAGCUGUUGAUAGACACAGUGAAACAAAAUUUUGUAUUAGUGGUAUUUCUUUAAAUAUUUUGUGACACUGUAAGAUUGCUGGGCAGCCCUACAGACUAAUGGGAUAUUGAGGACUCAGACUCUGCCUUCCUCCAGAUUCUCCCUCCCACAUUCAGUUAGGUUUCAGAUGGAGUCCAAAUGAGCUUCAGUAAUGAGUAAGUUUCCUGAUUUUGUUUUUAUAUACAACUCACUUACUCUUUAUUUAUUGGAAUAAGAGUUUAUUUAAGGAAGGGUAUUUGGAUGGGAGAGAGGGUUUAGGGUUUUCCUGAUCUUGAGAAGUCUUAAACAGAGAAUGAAAUUAUAAAUUUCAUUUAUAAUUUCCAUGAAGACAGGGCUAAUAGGUUUGAGGAUCUUUGAAUUCUUCUAGAAAGGAGAGUCAAUAACAUUCAAGGACCAAAGAAGAAGUCAAUAACUUCCAGGUGUCAGGAGAAGAAAGAUUCAGCAGUCUCUAGGUGCCAAAUGCCAAGAGAUAAAGUACCAAAACUUCCAGGCAGUUUGGAUCUCAUUUAACUGUUUCUUUCUGUUGACAUUGUCUUCUGGAAUGCUCCUUAAUUGACAGCUAUGCAGACUUUCACCUCUUUGCCUCUGUUUGCAAGUUUUCCUCCAUUUUACUUUUCCACAGCCAUCACAUAUCUUUGGGACCAGGUCAGGUUUAGGAAGAUCCAGAUUUAGGUUCAGGAUUGGAAUAAAAUGGGAUCUUUGUAUACUAUGUAACCUUUAACAAAAUGAAGUUUCUUCAAUAACAGUAUAGAAAGGAUACUUAGCAAAGAUAGCAUCAGUCCAGGAGGGUACAGCUCCUCUGGUUUUCAUACUGUCUAUAAUGAUACCCAAUUAUAAGUAUGUGUUGGGUAGUAAGGAGUCUGUCAAGCCUGAGGAGUCUAGUAAUUUCACGAUGUGUUUUUAUGCUUAGAGAACCCAGCAGUAUCAACUGUUGGAACCUUAGUAUCCUGAACUAAUUAAGUCUUAGAGAGGGUUUAUUUACCUUUUAGGGAGAUAUUAUUCUAUUUAGCAAGGACCUUCACUCUCUUCUUAUCAAGUACUAGUUGCUUCUACCACAAUAUGACUAUUCUGAGAUCACACUAGGAACUAGGAGACCAGGGACCAUGGAAUUAAAAUAGAUUCAUGGUUAAACUUGGCAAAACCAUUUUGAUUUGAAACAAGACUGAGAAAUUUGUGCUUCACCAGGACCCUAUCUGCAGGGCAGUUGGUUUCUCUGACUACAUACAGUGCCUACACUCUAUCCUACCCUUAGAGAGAGGAUCUGGAGCUCCAUAUUCAAGAACUCCAGACUCUUCAGAACCAUUCCUACUUCCCUAUUUCAUUAGAUUUUAAGACUGUGAUGGAAGUGAGAACUCCUUAAUCACUCAUUUCCUAUAUGAUCCAUCAUACUAAUUUCCACUGGACCUAAAGUAAAAUAUCAUUUAAAAACUUCUAGAUUCAAGGAGCAGCUAGGUGUUGGAGUCAUUUUUCACAUCAGUCUUUUUAUGGUUUUAUUUUGGGGUUUUGGUUAUGUAUGAGUUUGCUCUUUCAACAAUGACUGAUGUGGAAGUGCGUUUUGCAUGACAUAAAAAAGGCAAAAGCCCACUCCCCCAUCUGCCAACCCCCCAAAAGGGAUGGCUCAGUGGAUAGAGAGCCAGGCCUGGAGAUGGAAGGUUCUGGGUUUAAAUAUGGCCUCACCUAUCUAGUUGUGUGACCCUGGGCAAGUCCAUUAACUUUCAUUGUCUAGCCCUUAUUGCUCUUCUGCCUCGGGAACCAAUAUAUAGUAUUGAUUCUAAGAUAGAUGAUAAAUUUAAAAAAUUUUUCUAGGUUCAUAUGAUCAUAAAACUAGAGCUGGAAAAGGAUCUUAAAUGCCAUCACCUCCCACUCCAUUAUUGUACAGAUAAAUUGUCAGUUAAUAAUUCCUACUAUGAACAGGAUAUAUGAGGUGUUCGGGGAGAGUUAGCACCAUUGGCAGCCAUCCUAACUUUCUUCUUGCCAGUUGAGUUGGAUGACUCUGGAAGAGUGGUUCAACUCUGCCUCACUUAAAUCCAAUUUGUGUGUAAGUCAGGGCAUCACUUGAAAUGUCAUUGGUUCUUCUAAAAAAUGAAGGACAAACAGAGGCAGGAUUUGAAUUCAGGUUUCAGUGCCAUUAUACUGAUUGCAGAAGCAGUGCUCUUUCCACUGUAUUAAUAUAUAUAUAUAUAUAUAUAUAUACAUAUAUAAUCUACUUAUAUAAUAUCUGGUAAGACCAUGUGUUUGACUUAUUGGUUUAAGUUGUAAUGCUACAAACAAUUUAAGUUCUGUAAUUAUGAUGGAAAUUUCCCCCUGAUCACAAACCACUGCAAAAGCUUUAGGACUAGUGCUAAUAUUUAUUCUGUGGAACUUUGAAGAUCAACAAAUGGAAUUUUUCUUCAAAACCCUGCAGAAGUGAGUUCUACAUGUUUCUGGGACUGUCCCUUUUCUCAGGGUUAUUCUGAAGUCAGCUAGGGGACUUUUUUUUUUUAACCCUUACCUUCUACUUGAGAAUCAAUACUGUGUGUUGGUUCCAAGACAGAAAAGUGAUAAUGGGUAGGCAAUGGGAAUUUAGUGCCUUGCAAAGGGUCACAUAGCUAGGAAAUGUCCCAGUCCAGAUUUGAUCCCAGGACCUCCAAUCUCUGGGCCUGAUUCUCAAUCCAUUGAGCUACCUAGCUGCCCCCUCAGACCUGGUUUAUGGGGUAUCCUUGAAUGGUGAAGUACUUUUCAUUCUGACCCCUAACAUGACCAAUGGAUUGUCUUUAUUUUGGAACUAAUUCUAUUUAAGGCUAUCCAAAACCAAUUUCUAGGAUCUCCUUGCAUCGGCCACUCUGAUGCUUCUCGACAUUCACGAUUUGGGUUGUUUCUGCCAAGCUCUCCUAUUCCUUAGUCAGUCCUGAUUCAUUUGUAGGUAGUAUGACUAACUUGUCUUUGUCAAUGCUGUGAUUCUCCUGCCAAGUGAUAGGCAGCGUUUCUCGGAAUAACUUCAUUUCAGAUUGCAGCCGGUCAUUCAUCUGUCAUAGGGAAUGUAGCUAAUCUUUUCUGUAAGCCUAAAAAUAUGCCAUUCCCAAGCAUCUUAUUAUGCCUGUCUCAUCACAUGUCAUCUCAUUGCAUUCCUCAUCCACAUUCUUCUAUACAAUUGUCCAUUCAUGGACAUUGUUAUACUCCCAUUUAAAUGGAAAUUCUGCAAUAGCUCAGUAAUUAUCAACAGGACCCUGAGAUUACUCUUCAAAGUCCAUGGCCCUUUGGAAUCAUUCUUUGCUGACCUUAUAUUUAUCUGGAAGAUUCACCCAAUAAAUAAUAGCUUAUAUUUAGUAGGAUGAUUCUGCUGGUAAUUAUUUUGAACUACCUCUAUGCUUCUUCUCUUUUUAUUUCCUAAAAUGACAUUUCAAGGAUAUAAAUAAUCAUUUAUACAGUGGCAAAAGGUUCUCUAUCUAUGGUACACUUAUACUCCAAAGCAUUUCUAAUUUCAUGAAUGUAGGUGUUGUCUUCAACAUCACAGAUGUUUAAUCCUUAGCAUAUCUCAUGUGCUUUUCUUCUAAUAAUAUUAGCAAAAUAUAUGCCAUCAUUUUGUUAAGCCAAAACAUUAGAGGCACCCUGGUGUGGUGGAAAGAACAUUCCUUUUGGAACUAAAGACCUUGGUUCACAUCCCAACAGCAUGACAUAUACCUCUGUGACCCUAACCAACUCAUUUUACCUCUCUGGACUUCAGUUUCCUCUUUUGUAAAAUGAGUUGAACUGAAUGACUUCUAAGGUCCCUUACAGUUCUGCACUUAUGAUCCUGUCAUUUCAACUCAUCCAUGGGUAAGUAUACUGAGUGACUCUUAUUUAUGUACUCCAGAUGAGUUCUAUUCAGAAGGUCCCAAUGUGCCAUUUACCUUUAUCUCCAUUAACGACAUUUUUGAAAAAAUAAGUUUUCAUUUCAUCCAGUUAAAAAUAAAUUUAUCUAUUGUGUAGGAGAAGGAAAUAAAUAUGUAUGUAGCACUUAUGAUGUGCCAGGCAUUAUACUAUGUGCUUUAUAAUAUUAUUUCUUUUGAUCACAUUUUUACUUUCUUUUUAUUAUCUGAUGAUGCUAGGUACUAUAAAAUUAAAAUUAAUGUGCGAUAAUAAAAAUAUUAUAUUUUAGGAUAUUUAUUAAUGAUUAUUAGAAAUAAAAGAAUAAAAGGGAUACAAAAUAAAAAAAACAUGUGCCCAUGGCUAAUUAGCUAGUUCAAACCCUUGUUUACCACCACCAUGCUAGCUGACAGGAAGUCAAAGAGGCCAGAGCUAGAAUGCCCACUGAAUGGCCUAGGUCAGGUCAUCCCUGGUCCUGAGAGAGCCAUGGAGACUUAUAUCACUUUAUUGAUUAUGAUGCUGGUCUAACUAAUAAAUGUUACAUAAUCUAUAAACUUAUAUUAUUAGCCCAAACAGUGUCUUGAGAUAAUUUUAGUCAUAUCAUAACUCAGUAAGAGAGAGAAUAUUCUUGAAAAACUCCAUGAUACAGACUGAGGCAACAACAAACUUCUACAAGUCUACAAGAAGGAGAAAUACUACCUGUUGAAUCAAUAUUUAAUGGAAUAAUAAAUGAAUUUAAUAUGAAUGGCUGGCCUUUUAUAGAAAUUAAUAAUGAAUGGAGUUGUUCCAUUCAUUUCCUUUGUUGAAGGACUGCAAUUUGGGAGAAACAUACCUGACAAAGGAUAAUUUGAGUGAAUCCUGUGAGAGAGCAACCUGAUUUUUGGAAUCUGGGAGUCUUUUUAAUUUGCCUAAUGAUAAAAUUUAUAUUCUACUUCAAGCAUUUCACCGACAUGGCCCCAUUUGAUUGUCCUAAAUACCAUGUGAUAGAAGUACCAUGAGCAUUUAUUAUCCCAAUUUAACAGGUGAGGAACCUGAGGUUUGGUUCUAGUUGACUUCAAGUCUUUCUGACUUGAAAUUCAGUACACACCAUCCUCCAGCAUUGAUGAAGACACAGCACAUGUGCAGAGCUGGCACUCGGGGAGCUGCUCCUUUCCCCUCUUCCCAGCUCUGGUAGACAUUUUUUGCACGCCCCAUCCCUCUGUCCAGCUGCCCAAAGCAAGCACUUUUUCCCUCAACUCUCUCCAUUAAUUGGGGGGUGGGGGGGAGACACUCACAGACAGCUUGAAUUUGCCCUCUGGGCACUUGAACUCAGAAAAGGUUCGCCAUCGAGGAAUUUCAUUGCCAACAAUAACAUGAAUGCUCAAGAGUUUAUCUGCUUGGAUGCGUAUGCCUUCCGUGAGAGCAGAAGCCUUUACAUGGCGCGACUUUGUCUGCAACAUUAGGGUAUCCAAACAUGUUCAAAGGAUUUCUGUUGGGAAGCGGGUCAGAGAGACUCUUGAAAUUCUGGGUUGGAACAACUAAAAACUCAAGUGAAAUAUCUGGCAUAUGGGGAAGCACUAAACUACAUUUAAAAAGUGGAGAAAGCAAAUGCAAGUGUUUGGGGUUAAACAAGGAUUUUGACCUGUCUGUGCUAUAAUAAGUUCAGUAAAACCUUCCCCUGAAUCCUGUUUGUUUCUACUUUUGUAACCUCUCAGACAAAUGGAUUUUCUUUCUCGUCUUUCUUCUUUUCUCUUCACUGCCUCCAAAAGGGACAUCAUUUUAUAGUGGAUUAUUGCAAUAGUCAUCUGAUUGGCUCCCUCACUCAAAUUUCUCCCCACUCCAAUCCAUCCUCCAUUCAAUGGUCAAACUGCAGUUUUUUUUUAAUCCUUAUUUUCUAUCUUAGUAACAAUUCUAAGACAGAAGAGCAGCAAGUAAAUGGAGAUAAGUGACUUGCCCAGAGGCACACAGGUUUCCUGGAUAGAUAAAUGGAGGACGUCAUAUUUGGAGUGAAGUUUAUAUAAAAACCAAGGAUAACAAUAAAUAUUUUGAACAACUUCUUCAAAACACGUUUUUUUCUCAAGCACUUUAUGUAGGCAUAUGUAACUUUCAAUGACCAGUUCUUUCACUAUUUGAAAUCAUAAAAGGACAAAAGUGACAAAAAGGGAUGUGGAAGAAUGGGGAUGCUAACACACUUUUGGUGAAACUACGAACUGAUCCAACCAUUUUGGAGAGCAAUCUGGAAUUAUGCUCAAAGAGUUAUAAAACUGUGUAGACCUUUUUGACCUAGAAAUAGCACUAUUAGGUUUAUUACCCAAGAUAAUCGGGAAAAAGAAAAAGAACCUACAUGUUCUAAAAUAUGAAUAAUACUCUCUUUGUGGUGACAAAGACCUGGAAGUUGAGGGUAUGCCUGCCGACUGGGGAAUGGCUAAAUAAGUUAUGGCAUAUAUUUGUGAUGGAAUACUCCUGUGCCAUAAGAAAUGACAAAUAGGCUAAUUUUUAAAACACAUAGAAAGACCUAAAUGAACUUAUGAGAGAUAAAAUGAGCAGAACCAAGAGAACAUUGUAUACAGCAACAGAAAUAUUGUUUGAAGAAUGAUCUGUGUAUGUCCACUUCCAAGGAAAGAACUGAUAAAUAGAAAAAAGCAAGACAUCUUGUCAAAUAAUGCCUCCUCUAGUGUGGGGAGAGGAAGGAAAGAGAUUUCACUGGGUAUCCUAAUGUGACAAACAAAUACACACGUAUAUUUAAAUAGGAAAAAAAAAUGGGGAUUUGAACCCUAGCCCUGGUUUUUGUUGUUGUUCAGUCAUUUCACUCAUGUCUGACUCUGUGACCUCAUUUUCUUGACCAAGAUAAAGGAGUGGUUUGCCAUUUCCUUCUCCAGUAGAUGAGGAAACUGAGGCAAAUGGGGUUAAGUGACUUUCUCAGAGUAACAUAGUCAGUAAAUGUCUGAGGCCAAAUUUGGACUAAGGCUGAUGAAUCUUCCUGCCUCCAGACCUGAUAUCCUUUUCAGUGUGCCACCUAACUGCCCACACCUGAUGCUAUCCAUAAGUUAUCAGAAAGAAAAUUGGAGGGGGCAGCUGGGUAGCUCAGUGUAUUGAGAGCCAGGACUAGAGAUGAGAGGUCCUAGGUUCAAAUUUAACCUCAGACACUUCCUAGCUGUGUGACCCUGGGCAAGUCACUUAACCCCCAUUGCCUAGCUCUUACCACUUCUGCCUUGGAGCCAAUACAUAGUAUUGACUCUAAGAUGACAGGUAAUGGUUAAAAAAAAAAAGAAAACAAAUUGGAAAAGUUAUUUAUCACUCUUGUAACCCAUAUAACUCUCAUCUCCGACCUCUGGGUGGAUUACAUGAUUACUAAUAUGUUAAGUUUUCUUAACUUAUAUGCUACUUAUAUGUUAAGGUUAGUUGUUAUAAUUGACAUUCUCUCCUCAUCCUUUCACUGGCUAACCCCCAUGCUGGAACUCUUUCCCUCCUCAUUUCUGCUUCUCGAUAUCUUAAAACUGAUACUUAACCUGUCUUCUGAAUUAAAAUAGUGACAACCACGCUGAACUUUUUUCCACCCUCAACAUCCAAAAUGAGGGUGGGAGAGUUCACAUCUCCUAUUUGGUAUUUGCGGCAAAUGAGCUGCGCCCUUUCCUCAGGAUGUACCUAGUGCCCUUUUAUCUUGAAAAAGUCCAGCCUGUGAACUGGAAGGCUAGAGUCCAUUAAAAUGCUUGGAAAAAUAAACCCCUCCUCUUGAUUUCUUGUAAAUGUCAAAAGUGAUGAGUAGUGGAAAAGUUGCUUUGGUCAGAGUAUCUUCCCACUAUCCCUGAACCUUUGUCACCAUAUUGUUUAUGGAGGUAACCCAACACUCCCCUGCAGGAUAACACCAACAUUUCUGUAUCUGCCUUUGGCAAACCAUUUUGCAAAAUGAAGAGAUAAUAUAAGCAAAGGUCCCAGAGGUUGCAGAUACCAGGACAUAUCAGUGAUGAUGUUGUAACAGGGUAACCAACAUGCUCAAGGGAGCCCUCCUCUCAUUCUGUCCUUGAACUCAUGCAUUUUGGAAAUCUCAUACAGGCUAUGAAAGCUAUGAAUGGCUUCUUUAACAGGAGAGGGACCUGAAUAACUCAAAGGAUGAAUUUAUCUCAACUGAUGAGUUGCCUUUAAAAAAGAGAGAGUGAAUAGGAUGGAAAACUUUAUUUAAAGUUAUUUUAAUUUGUUUUGGCAGCAAUGAAUAUACUCUCUACUGUUGAUAUCCCUUUAAUUGCCUUGUAAGUGAACUAUUUGAUGAGAGAUAUUUCUCCAAAGCACUAAUAUUCAAAGCUAAAACUUUUGUCAAAUAUGUUUAUCAAAUGGUUUAAUAUUACUCAAAACAGCUACAUGCUGAAAGUGCAGGGAUCUGGGUCAGCUAGGUGGCUCUGUGGAUAGAGAGCCUGCCCUGGAGGUGGUAGCCCUGGGUUCAAACCUGGUCAAAGACAUUUCCUAGCUGUGUGAUCCUGGGCAAGUCACUUAAGCCCAAAUACCUAGCCCUUACUAUUCUUCUGCCUUGGAAUGGAUCCUCAGUAGUGAUUCUAAGACAGAAGGUAACGGUUAAAAAAAGAAAGAAAGAAAAUGCAGGACUCUGAAGAAGAAAAGCAAAGUUCUAAAGUUUAAUUCUGUCAGUGUUACAUAAUGGAUAGAAUACUGAAGUUAGUGUCUGGAAGAUCUGGGUUUAAAUCUAGCCUCAGACACUUGGUAAGUGUGAGUCUGGGUAAGUUCUUUAACCUCAUUCAACUUCCUCAUCCAUGUGAGGAUGAUAACCAUGUCUACUUUACAAAAUUAUCAAGAGGUUAAAAUAUCUCAUAUAUACAUGUGAAGUACAAGGCAAUUCUAUUUAAUAGUUUUGAAGCUCCUAAAGCUUAAUACUACAACAAAAAAUUUUAGGACAACUUGUAUUUUAUAAACUUUAAAGUGUUAAGUGUAUAUAAAACACCUUUUUUUUCCUCUCAAGAAAGAAAAGAUUGACAUUAACUGGAAAAACUAUAUGUAUCAUCCUGUGUCUUGGGAAGAUAAAUUACUCACUGGCUGCUCAGGAAUGAAGAUUACGACAGCAAUGUAUUAAUGUCUUGUUCUUUUCACACUUUUCUAACUGGCCCUUCUUCAUGAUUUUAUUAAGGGCUGACAAAUGGGUUUAUGUCCCCUCAUUUUUAACUUUCAAAGUUCAAAGUGUACAGAAUUAUUUUUCUUCUUUCUUUUUUCCUUUUUCCUUUCAGCACUAAAAUCCUGUCAAAGGUAAGGUUUGGAAAAUUGGUUCCUCCCAAAAUAUAGUCUGGGCUAUGAGCCUUCUCACAGAAGCAGGUUUUCAUGGGAAGUUGUUUGUUGGUUUAAAAUUUUCUGCCAUAAUUUGAUCAAGUCUUUAGGUAAAUAUAUUAUGGAGUCCAGUUGUGAUACAUCAAAUGGACAUUUGGAGAAUGAAUGGAUUCCUUUGGCAUUCCUAUUUAGGGUUCACUGCCCUAAUCAAUUCAGAAAAUAUUUGUGUGAUGUUUAAAUUUAGUAUUAAAUCUCUUUCUCUCUGAUCAUCAUGCUCAAUGGUCCUAAUCUAUAGUAGAGGCCGAGCCCUUAAGAAAGUAAUAAGAUGUAGUGUGAAAGUAAAGAUAAUAAACCCAUAGAUUUAGAGCCAGGGAGAGACCUUAGAAUUCAUGUAGUUUAACCCUUAUCAUUUUGGUGGUUAAGAGGAAGAAAAUGAGGCAUAGAAUAGUAAGGUGGUCAUGUAAGUGGUAAAUGGCAGAGGCAGCAUUUGAACUCAGACCUUUUGAUUUGAUGCCUCCAUUUCCUCCAAAUCCAACAUUAUUUCUACAUCCCACAGUCCUAAGUUCAACAUCAAACCUUGUCACUUCCUUUGUUGUUGCUGCUGUUUCAUCCUAUCUGACUUUUUAUGAUCCCAUUGUGGAUCUGCUUUUCUUGGCAAGGGUGAUGGAGUGGUUUUCCAUUUCCUUUUCCAGCUCAUUCUAAAUUCUAAACAUUUUUUUCUUUCUACUUUCUCUCUCUCUCUCUCUCUCUGUAUUGGCAAGAUUGGGAGUGUGUGAGGUAGGAGAGAAUAUUAUUAACAAUAUUAACAGAGAAAUAUAAGGCUAGGUAGAGUAAAAGGUGUAAAAAGAAGAAAUUAAAGAAUUCUCAGAAUAUUUGAGAAAGGAGAGUGACUAGUAGCUGGCAAAGGUGGAGUAGGAUGGACUUCAGGGAAGAUGAGGAGGGAGUGUAUUCCAGACAUGCAGGACACUUUUUACUGGUACAUGAUGACAUGCCAAGUUGGCAAAUAUUAGGUGCCAGUUUGCUUAGAGUCUAGAGCAUAUGAAAAGGGGAAUAGUAUGAAUAAAUUUGCAGUCAGAUAGUAGAGGACUUUAAGUGAUAGGAAAAAGGAGUUGAUGCUGGGAUUCUUAUCUUGUCUGGAAUGUAGCAGUAAAGCUGUGGAUUUCCCUUGAAAGAUUCAGUUGGGGUCUCAAAGAGGGGAGGGAAAAAGGGAGAGAAUUUGGAAUUCAAAAUUUUGGAAAAUAAAUGUUGAAAAAUGUUUUUGCCUGUGAUUGGAAGAAAAUAAAAUAUAUUUAAAAAUUUAAAAGUUAAAAAAAGAUUAAAAUGGAUUUUAACUGAAGAACUAAUUUUUCAACUUUAUUUUUAACUUUUUUCAGCCAUUCAAUUCAAUUUGACAAUCAUUUAUUAUAGAGAACUUUGUACCAUGUAGCUAUAACACUUUAAGAACAUGAAUCUUGUUUCAUUUUUAAACUUAUCUUCCCUAUCUCCUUAGCCCAAUGCUUCGUGUGUGAGGAAACACAUUCAUUGCAUGAAUAAAUGAAUGAAGCAAUCAUACGUUGGAAAGAGCACUCAAUAGGAAAUCAAGAGACCUAGGUUUUAAUUUUACCAGUGUGACCUUGGGUAGAUUGCUUAAUGACUUCUCUGAGUCUUAGUUUCCUCAUCAUUCAUCUUAUGCAUAUUAAAAUACUUGAAUGACUUGAUUCACAGGGCUAUUGGCAAAACCCAAUGAGAUAACAUGUAAAAGUGCUUUUUGCAUGUAAAGUAUUAUAUAAUGGGAACUAUUUUAUUUUACAGUUUAUAUAAAGGUAUUAGAAGUAUCAGUUUGAUAAAAACAUUGGGCUUAGAGUCAGGAAGAUUUGAGUUCAAAUCUGGUCUCACUUCCUGGCUGGGUGACUCUGGUUAAGUAACUUAAUCCCUUUUUGACUCCGUUUCCUCAUCUAUAAAUUAAAGUUAAUACUAGCAUCCCGGGGUUGUUGUAAGGAUCAAAUGAGAUAAUAAUUAUGAAAUACUUAACAUAGUAACUGUAUUUAGUAAUCCUUGUAUAAAUGUUAGCUAUUAUUAUCUUACAGGAUGUGACCAAAAGUGUUCACAUGGACCAAGGUUUGAUCUUGGGGCUUUGAUCCUAAAGAUAUUAAAUUCCAGCAUGUCUUUGCUUGGAUUUUUAAAAAUUGUUUUCUUUUUUAAUGAAUUUAAAUCUACAGAAAUGAGCAUUUCAAUAGACAAAGGAAAAACAUAUACAUAAAUCUGAAAACUUGUUAUGAAUACUUUUAAAAUGCAUUAAGUUUAAUACAGAAGGAAUAAAAUUGCCCUUGUGCUUACUUUUUAACUUGAUUCUUCUCUCUUCUAUGUAUUAAAAUCACUCGUUGAAUUCUUCCUUCCUUCCUUCCUUCCUUCCUUCCUUCCUUUCUUCCUUCCUUCCUUCCUUCCUUCCUUCCUUCCUUCCUUCCUUCCUUCCUUCCUUCCUUCCUUCCUUCCUUCCUUCCUUCCUUCCUUCCUUCCUUCCUUCCUUCCUUCCUUCCUUCCUUCCUUCCUUCCUUCCUUCCUUCCUUCCUUCCUUCCUUCCUUCCUUCCCUUCCUUCCCUUCUCUUUUCUCCUCCUGCUCCUCCUGCUCCUCCUGCUCCUCCUCCUCCUCAUCUUCAUCUUCAUGCUUAUCUGAAACUAUCAACUUCCUCUCACUCCAUAGAAGUUCUCCCUUGUAACAGAUAAAUACAGCAAAACAGAAAUGAAUCCAUUGGCCACACCUGAAAAUGUGUCUUCAUUUUGCACUGCUACUUCUAUUAUUUCUCUGUCUAGAGCAAGAAUGUCAUCAUCCUUCAUCACCAGACUUCUAGAGCCACAAUUGGCAACUACAUUGAUUAGAAUUUUAAAGUCUUUACAAGUUGUUUUCCUUUAUUGUGGUCAUUUCCCAAGUUGUCCUGGUUGUUUUUACUCAAACAAUUCAUAUAGAUCUUUCCAGGUUUUUCUGAAUCUAGCAAACCUUUCAUUUCUUACAGCAUAAUAAUAUCCCAUUAGCAUUAGAAAGUGAUUUGAUAAGUCAUUCCAGAACUGGUGGUCUCAUUUUGUUUCCUGUACCUUGCUACAAUAAAAGUACUGUUUUAAAUAUA